UCUCCGCCAAAAAAAAUUAUCAAUUCGAAACAAUCAAACGUUCAACCAGAAGAAAACAACAUUAAUAAUCACAACAAUUAGUACAAUCAAUUUUUCCUUCUUAAUUCGUUUUUACUUAUCUUUUAUGAGAUGCAGACGCUUGAGAUUUAUAGACGAUCAACGAUCGGGAUGUGUUUGAUUGAGACUCUCGAUGCGAUGGUUCAAAGUGGUACUCUUAGCCCUGACCUUGCCAUCCAGACUCUUGUCCAGUUUGAUAAGUCUAUGAUUGGAGCUUUGGAAUCGCAACCGCAAGUUAAGAGCAAACUUUCCGUUAAGGGACAUUUGCACACAUUCAGAUUGGUUGGCGGAGUGUGGACUUUCAUUCUACAGGAUGCUCUGUUGAAGAAUGGGGAUUCUCAAGAGAAUGCUGGUAGGGUUAAAAUAGUGGCCAUCGACUCGGAGUUGCAAUUUUUCUCCACUGUGCGACUCGGAUCUGCUCCUCGCAACUCCUCCUCAACUCCAAAAAAAAUAAUUGGAAAAAAAAUAAAUAAAAAAUCAAAAAGGUAGCAGGAGUUGUUGCCGGAGUGGAGGUUGAAGAAAAUAGGUUUUUGGUAAAAGUUCAAAAAAUACUUAGGUUUUAAUUUUAAAAUUAAAAUGAUUUUUAAACUUUAAAAUUUAUGAGAAUAUAAUUAAAACUUAGAAAAUAUCAAGUAUCAAUUUAUAAAAUAAAAUAAAAUAUUAGGGACUAUUAUAUACAUUUCUUAUGUAAAAAUGGAAAAUGUGUUACACUCU